UCUAUUUACAUUUUAAUUUCAAAGCGUGUUUUGUAAAAAAACAAAAAACACACUAAUCAACAGCUCCAGAACGGGGAUUUAAUUUCAUCAACCCAAUCAGUUUACUCUUUAUAAUCAACGAUACAUUAAUUAAAACAACGAUUUUUUUAUUAUUUAUACAAUACCGCUGAACAAUUUACCUGUUCCUUGGUUUACCCUAGUAUGAACAUUGAAAAUUAGCAGUAUUACAGCGCCCUCUCUGUGAUAAAUUAAAAAAACAAAAUGCAAGUAAUUUUUAAAACAAUACUUCUACUAUAAAAUAAAUACCAUGCAUCAUCCUGUGUUAUACUUACCUAUAAAUAAUCAACUGUUGUGUGUAUAUUCCAAUUUAGAAACAUACAUUACUUUUUCUUUCAAAGAGUUAUUUUUUUCACAGGUUUAACCAGAGCUGGUGAUCCUAAACAGACAGAAGCAGGAAAAAGUAAUACAGAAAAUUACCAUCCUAAAAUUGCAAAUCCUGAACCGACAUCAGAAAUGAUGUUUCCCACAAAUGAGAUGGAACACGCACUCCUUCAUAGCAGACAGAUUGAUUCAUCUCAAAAUAUUGGAUACAGCAGCCAAAUGGAUAAUUCAGAAGAACAGGGGAGUGUUGAUCCAGUUGAUAAUAGCCCCUCCACAGAUGAUACAUCUCUUUCUCUGACAGACUCCGGUAUUCUAGGAAAAAUCCAAAUGCCAUCUACAAUUUCCUUGGUAGCACAAGUUAGUAAUGGCUUUAAAGAAAAGGAUACACCUUCAACUUUGUGUAAAUCACAAAGACACCACGAAGAUGAAGACUCUUCUGAAUCGGAAACGCUCAAUUCAUCAGGUUUUACUGAAGCUUAUGCUAAGUUAAACGACCAAGUACCAAGUGUACCACGUCAAAGAACAGUGCCGGAAACACCUUCUGAUUGUAAAACCAUGCAGAUUCACAGCGAACAAGACCAAGAAAUCCGUAAUGUGUCCACACAAAAAACACCGGCUGAAACGUACAAAACUCCACUGGUCACAAACAUACCACCGAUGUUAAACACUGAAAGACGUUCAACUCCUGUGGACACGCUAUUACGGAGAGCCAGGAUUCAAAGAUUGGACACAGAUUCCCUAUAAGAAAACACUUGAGAUCCAGAAGUAUCUACCAUGCAUGAAAAUCAAUGGGUUUUAUAACUGAAACAUUUAUACUAUUUAAUUAUAUAGAUCAUAUAAUAUAUAAAAUGGUAUUCUGUAUAAUAAUGUUUAUGUAUCUUUCUAUGAUAUUUGAAAUUUCCUUCUUCCAAUUGUUUAAGAUUACUGUAUUAAAUCUUCACGGACAUAAAUGUAUACACCUAUAAAUACCUAAAAUGAAGCAUAUGUGAUUUAUGUCACGAUAUGACUAUAGUUGGAUGAUUAACUUGAUUACUCGUGAAUAUUGAUUAUAUCAAUUAUUCGAAAUUAAAACCUAAUUAAUUAAUGUUGCAAAAAUAAUCGAAAUUGGCUUCCAAUUACUAUUCACAAUUAUUCCAACUAUCCAAGUAAUUGAAAUAUUCUUGUUACGUUACCCGUAACUAAAUAUUCUCACCCUUUCAGCCUUGGGGAUGUGAUAAUGUGAUGGUAAAUCAUAUUAUUUAUUGGCAAGAGAAUAAUCCAGGAGUUGGUGGUGUUGAUUAGCUACCAUCCCUCGAGUCUUCACUGCUAAGUUUGGGACAGCUAGUGCAGAUAGCCCUCGUGAAGCUUUGCACAAAAUUCAAAAGAAAGCAAACCAAUUAUGUUUGUUUGUUGUUUAGCCCAAAGUACCCACUACUGGUAUCAAAAAACAAUUUGUAACAUUAAGAGUUGUUGUUUCUAGUCAACUCAUGCAAGAAUAAUUAAUGUUUUUUGUUGUUGUUGUUGCUUUUUUUUGCCUUUUCACAAGACUAAGCAAUAAGUUGAAUGUAAUCAAUUAAUGAACCCAUCAGGAAAUCAUCAAUUCUCCUCCUAAACUCUUGUGAUGAGAUAGUGGCAACUCAUUCUAUAAAUUAAUCACUCUGUUAGAUGACAAAAAAAAAGUUUAACUGGAAUCUAUCUGUCUUUUCAAAUUUAAAUUUGUUUCUUUUCAAAGCAUUGUUUUCAAAUCCUGUAAACUUCUUUUCUUAAAUGAAAAGAAUUCAAGAAAGCCUAACCUAUUCCCAUAAGAUGACCCUGACAUCUUCAAAUUUAUCCUUGUAAUCCUUUCAAACAAGUCAAUAUCUUAUUCCUUGACAGGAUGUUUAGGUAAAGUAUUCAUAAUGAGUAAACUGGAAUGAAUGGCAACUGCCUGUUGUAAAAAAAAAAA